AAGUAGCUGUGUGGUCAGUAAUAGAGGAAGCAAAGUCCAUCUAGAGAAGAGUGCAGAGACGAUUCCUGCUUGGACUCACGUCAGCUUUCUUUUCUGUUUCUAAACUGUUCAACUGCAUGAGAGAAUGGCCAACAUUUUACUGAGUGAAGCUUCAGGGACUGCCUGUCCUGGUGAGUUGCCGUCGCUGAGGUUACGGAGGACGUGGUCUAAUCAGAACUACUCACAGUUCAACUGGACGUCACAUUCUCCUGACAAUGCUGAGGAGGAGAGGACAGAGGAAGGAGAUACAGACUGGGACCUUCGAGAAAAACCUUUGACCAUGGCCCUGAAAAGAGCUGCGUGGCAGGUGCAGCACAGUCAGGCACCAGUGGUUUCCAACAAGGAUUCGUGGAAAAGAAAAAAGACCAAAACUUUCAGAAAAGUCAAAAACAACAGCAGAGAACUUCUUUAUGUUUUGUCCCUGUGGAGAAAGUCAUUACAAAAGAUUGGAGGCAACUUUGGAGGUGGCGUCCAGUCUUACUUUGUGUUUUUGCGGUUCUUGGUGGUCCUCAACUUUGUGUCCUUCCUACUGAUUGCUGCAUUUGUCCUUAUCCCCAGCAUUGUCUUCAGAUCUGUUGAGUCCAGUUAUACCAACAGCACUGGUCCAGAGGGAUGUAGGAAGUACGAGCCUCAUCCUCCAGGCUUGGUGCUUUUCUAUAACUAUUUCCUUGACUUACUCUCUGGAACGGGUUUUAUGGAGUAUUCCUAUCUGUUUUACGGCUACUACAGUAAUACUAUGGUGGAGGACAGGGACUUCUCCUACAACAUCCCUCUGGCCUACCUAUUCACCGCCCUCUUCUACUUUGGCUUUUGUCUCCUCUGCAUCAUACUACGCAUGGGAAGAGCAGUGAGAGUUGCCAUAGCAACUGGAGGUGGUGAUGUGGGAAACUACAGCAUGAUAGUGUUCACUGGCUGGGACUACAGUUGUCUGGGAGACCAAGCCACCAAAUUGAAGCAGAAGAACAUUCACUAUCGCCUACAGGUGGACCUGGAGGAGCAGAGAAUAAAGAGAAAGGCUGCUGCUCUGACGUUAUGUGAAAAAAUCACUUUAUAUUCUCUUCGUGUUUUAAUGGGAAUCCUGUCACUGGGGUUAAUUUGUUCUGCAUUCAUCUGCAUUGGUCUGGCCACCAACUUCAGCCAGGAAAAUAGUGACAAGGAAGGAAUCCUGGGACUGAUUUUGGAAUAUCUCCCCUCUAUUGUCAUCACCACUGGAAACUUCCUGGUUCCUCUGCUGUGUGACCAGAUUGCUAAAGUAGAGAAAUACUCCCCAAGCAACACUGUCAUUCUAGCAUUGUUGAGGGCAGUUGUUCUGCGUCUGUUGAGUCUUGUUGUCCUCCUCUACACCCUGUGGAAUCAGAUCACCUGUGGGGGUGACAACAAAAGUGAAGAGUGUAACCUGUGCCAAUACAACCACAAAGACUACCCUUGCUGGGAGACGCGUGUAGGACAGGAGAUGUACAAGCUAACACUGUUUGACGUCCUCAUCCACUUUGCUCUGCUCAUUCUGGUGGAGUUUCCACGCAGGAUUGUGGUGGACCAUUCAUCCAGUAAGCUAGCACGGUGGCUUGGUCGUCAGGAGUUUGUGGUUCCUGCCAAUGUGCUCCUUUUGGUAUACGGUCAGACGGUGGUUUGGACUGGAGCUCUGUUUUGCCCUCUGCUGCCCCUCAUAAAUACCAUCAAGUUCAUCUGCCUCUUUUACUUCAAAAAGAUCACACUCUUCUACAACUGUCAACCAGCUCACAAAACAUUCCGAUCCACCAACUCUGCCUUUUUUUUCCUCCUGGUGCUGUUUAUUGGCUGGUGUUGGGCUACAGCUGUGAUGGUUUACAGUCUGGCAGUGAUCCAUCCAUCCUUCAGCUGCGGUCCAUUCCGUUUCUUCCGGACCAUGUGGUCCAUCAUCCCAACAUCCUUUUACAGCCUACAUCAAAGCUCACAGGAGUUCCUCUUCUUUGUUGGCUCUCAGGCCUUUCUCAUCCCUGUCUUUGUCCUAGCAGUUGUAGGACUGUGUUAUUUCAUAUCCUUGUCUGCGGUCUAUGGGAACAGUGUUGCUCUGAUGAGAUUACAGCUAAAACGGGAGGGCCGUGACAAACAGUUUUUGGUGAAGCAGAUCGAAGAACUAAGCAAAAAACUUCACAUACCUACACACAAUACUACUGUACAAAACUAAUAUACACAAAGAGUAGUACAGGACUAAUUAUAAUCUCAUCAGCUGUGUUUUUGUCAACAAUACUGUGUAUUUGGUUUGUUUAUAGGACUACUCUCAAUGAAUGUUUGCAAAAUUAUAAAAAAAAUCCCUUUUCUCUAGCUGAAAUUCUACUUAAUUAUAUAUUACAAAGAUGUGCAAUUCACUACAUCCCUAACCAUCCCUAACCUUGGAUGUGUUUUCAAUUUAAGCCGCAUUGCGUGAUUGAGCUGGAGACCACUGUCUUAGAAGAACAAGAUAUGGGGGUGGGCGUGGGGGGAACAACAACAUGUAACUAAGUCUUAGUGAAAAGUCAUUUCCCUCUCCACCACCGACUAACCGAUUUGUUUCUGUCUGUAUUUUUAUAUCUCUUUUGUUGUAACUUUCCUAUAUAGCUUUUGUCUGUGCUGCUGUGCAAAUCAAAUAAAUAAAUGAAAUAUUGA